GUACAGGCCUUGAUAGAGAUGAGAUCCGCCUCCUCCAACUUGUCGCCAGUGAUGGGGUCAGUGCCGUUCUCCGUAAUGUACUUGACGAUGAGGCGUCGCUCAUACACCUUUCCAGACUUGGAAGACACCACCGGAUCCUGAGGAACCUCUCCAGAUAUCGCACAGAAAAACAUCACGGAAGGAGCGCCUUCGUAUUCGUCGUGUUCGUCGUUGGUGAUGAGGAAAAGAAAAUGAACCGGUGUUUGCCACGAUUUGUUUUGGAAGGCCCUGCGUCAGUUCAUCGUCCAGCAUCACGGAUGGCAGAAAAGCAGCAGCGCCUCGUUCUCUCCAUUAUCGACUUUUUGAACCAGUCCAUCAUCGAUGGCACUGUCAAGGCCGAUGAUAAGGAAUCUUUGGAGAUUGCAAUUCAAUGCAUUGGGGAAGCCUUCGGAGUCGACCCUCUCAGCAAGCAGCAGGUAGAACGCCUGACCGUCAAGCCUGCAACGCUGCAGAACAUCUUUGAUGUUUAUCUCAAGACCAUGAACAAAGUUGGCGCCGCCUCGCAGGGUACAUCUGCUGCCGCGAGCGCUUCCACUUCGCAAUCCAAGUUGCCUACGGCUGACGAUAAAGCCCAGGCAGAGAAACUGAAGCAGGCUGGUAACUCGCAAAUGACCGCAAAGAAGUAUGAUGAGGCCAUCGCUUCCUACACCAAGGCCAUCGCUUUCGAUCCAGUCAACCCAAUCUACUAUUCAAAUCGCGCCGCCGCUCAUUCUAGCAAAGGAGAUCAUCUCUCGGCCGUUGGUGAUGCUGAAAAGGCUAUCUCUGUUGACCCUAAAUAUGUGAAGUCGUAUCAUCGGCUAGGGUGCGUGUCCUUCAACCUCAUGAUCUAAGCCUACUAAGCAGUUCAGACAUGCGCAAUACGCUCUUCUCGACUACGAGGCUG